ACUAUGAGCACUUCAUGCAGCACCGGUACCCGCCCGACACCACCUACGCAGACUUCGCACCUCGCUUCACUGCCCGCGACUUCCAGCCCCGCCAGUGGGCCCAGCUCUUCCGGCGGGCUGGUGCCAGGUACGUGGUACUGACCACGAAGCAUCACGAAGGCUUCACCAACUGGGGGUCACCUGUGUCCUGGAACUGGAAUUCUGUGGAUACAGGGCCCCGCCGUGAUCUCGUAGGAGAGCUGGGACAAGCCCUUAGGGAGAGCAACCUACACUAUGGGCUGUAUCACUCUCUGCUGGAGUGGUUCAAUCCACUCUAUCUAGCUGACAAGGAAAGUGGCUUCAAGACCCAGAACUUCGUCUUAAAGAAGACAAUGCCAGAACUUUAUGAUCUUGUCUUAAAAUAUAAACCAGAUUUGAUUUGGUCGGAUGGAGACUGGGAAGCUCCGGAGUCGUACUGGAAUUCUACCUCUUUCCUUGCCUGGCUUUAUAACGAUAGUCCCGUCAAGGACACUGUUGUUGUCAACGAUCGGUGGUGUAAUAACUGCUCUUGCCAUCAUGGAGGCUACUACAAUUGUGCUGACAAAUACAAGCCAGGGACCCUGCCAGCUCACAAGUGGGAGAUGUGCUCCUCCAUUGACAAGCUUUCCUGGGGCUAUCGGAGCAACAUGAACAUUGCUGAGUUAAUGGAUGAAGCAAGUAUCAUUGAGGAGCUGGUGCAGACUGUGAGUUUUGGAGGCAACUACCUCCUCAAUGUGGGACCUACAAAAGAAGGGGUGAUUGUUCCCAUCUUCCAAGAAAGACUCCUGGCCCUUGGGAGGUGGCUGGACACUAACGGGGAGGCAAUUUAUGAAUCAAAGCCAUGGAGAGUGCAGAUGGAGAACAGCACAGACACGGUCUGGUACACUUCUAAGGGGCCAGUUGUCUAUGCCAUCUUUCUGAUCUGGCCUCAGGACAACGUUUUGGAGCUGUCCUCACCCGAUCCAUCCCCAUCCACACAAGUGACCAUGCUGGGCUUUGCAGGCACUCUGAAGUGGCAGAGGGCCCCAGGUCAAGGACUGCUCGUAACUCUGCCCUACAUGCUUCCAUCGCCUCUUCCUCCUCAGUCUGGCUGGGCUGUCAAGCUUGAGGGUGUGAAAUGA